AUGUUAGCCCUAAAAGCAAUAACUGUGGGGUUCUUCAUUGGACCAUGUAUUGCAUCCCAACUAUUUCCGAAUGACUUCAGUUUCAACCCCCGACAAAGAAUUGGAGAGAACGACCGAGCGGUUUCGUACGACACGCGGGCGCUUCAGAAAGAUGCCUUUUUGGACACACUUGUCGCGAACAUGACUGUGUUAGAGCUGGCUCUUCAGCUCCAACUCAUGUUUGCCGAUAGUAUCAUUGGUCCAAACUCCGACAAUGCACUAUGGGACGAACGAAUGCAUCUCGCACCCAACGCCCCCAUCGGAUUCAUGCACGACUGGUACCCAACAAACAAAUCCCAAUACAAUGACAUGCAACGCCUAAACUCACGCAAAUCCCGCAUAGACAUCCCCAUCCUGCAAACAGGCGAGUGUCUACACGGCAUCGGCUCCUUUAAACAAUCCAUGUUCCCGCAAUCCAUUGGCAUGGCUGCCUCGUUUGAUACUGGCCUUGUGCACCGCGUGGGCAGGGCGAUUGGCGAAGAAGCAAGUUCGAUUGGUAUUAGAGCAUGUUUUGCGCCCGUGCUGGAUUUGGGCAAGGAUCCUAGGUGGGGGAGGGCUCAAGAGGCAUGGGGCGAGGAUAUGGUGCUGACUGCGCACAUGGGCGUUGCAUACGCUUCCGGCCUGUCGAAAAAUAGCACUUGGUCGGAUCCUGAUGCGGUUGUUCCGGUGAUGAAGCAUUUUGCAGCACAUGGCUCGCCUCAGGCAGGUCACAACGCAGCUCCUUUCAUGGGAUAUGGAGUUAGACAGGUUCUUCAAGAAAUGCUGGUGCCGUUCAAAGCGGUUGUUGAUCUUGGUGGUGCAAAGGGGGUUAUGAUGGCAUAUAAUGAACUCGAUGACGUUCCGUGCUCGGUAAACCCGAUUCUGUACAAAGCGUUGGAUGAUUGGGGGUUUGAUGGUUAUAUCACUGCUGAUGAUACCGGCCUAGCCGAACUUCUCUCUACACAUAUGGUCACCAGCUCGACUGGAGAUACCCUGACCCAGUGGUUCAACGCCGGUGGCAUGGUCCAAUACUAUGACUUUCCGCUAGACACAUUUCUCACCACAAUUGAAGAUCUCGUCAACAACGGCACACUGCAAAAAUCAACCCUGCAAUCCCGCGCCAAAAGAGUGCUAGGGGUAAAGUAUGACCUUGGCCUCUUCGACAACCGCUUUAUUGCCGACGAUAUCGACUCGGACGCGAUCACCCAGUCUCAUAUACCUCUAGCGUUGGAAGCUGCUCAAAAAAGUAUAAUUUUGCUGGAAAACCGCAAUUCAACACUUCCUCUCGUCCCUGGCGAGCAAAAUAUUAAAAAAAUAGCUCUGGUUGGCCCCUUUGUGGACACAUUCAAUUAUGGAGACUAUUCUGGGCAGUUUGGCGGAUACCCCGUUGAGCACGCAACCACAAUACGCCGGGCAACUUCCAAAUAUCUUGCGGAAAAUUUCCCCGAGACGGAGAUGGUGACGAGCUGGGGCGCCAAUUCGUGGACGUACAACGGGCAGUACAAUAUCCCGCCCUACCUGCUUUCUACUAACAACGGGACAACAUCUGGCGGCCUACGGGCUACAUAUUACGCAAACCCCAACUUUACAGAACCCAUGAUUGAGAAAAUCGAAACACCGACUCUAGACUGGGGUCUGUAUCCGCCAAGUGGUCUACCUUCGAACAAUUUUAGCGUGGUAUGGGAAGGGAGCCUGUCGAGUCCCGUUGACGCAGACGUUGAUGGCUGGCUCGGUAUUGCAGUGUACGCAAACACGACUUCAAAGUUAUACAUUGACGGGAAACUUUUUGUCGAGGCAUCAAAAUCAACUUCUGGAAAUCUGCUGUCGAAUAUACCGGGAAUAGAGUACUCGGCAGUGAAUAGCACUGCAGCCCCUCCUGGCUCUGCGCCGUUUACCUUUAGGAAGGGGGCCGUGCAUAAGAUUAGGGUUGAGUAUCAGGCUUGGAAUUACCAUCAGAAGAUUGAGAAUAUGAAUUCUCUCAAUGCGCAGAUUAUCCUGUUUUGGAAUUUGGUGGAUCGGAACGACCCGGUUGGAAAGGCAAUCGACCUAUCCAAGUCCUCGGAUGUGAUUGUCCUCGCUGUCGGAGCAAAUUGGAACUCUGAUGGCGAGAGUGCGGAUCGAGCUACUCUAAGCUUGUCGUCGGAUCAGACCGUGUUAGCAGACGCAAUUUAUGCCCUUGGGAAGCCCGUAAUUUUGGUUCUUGAGGGCGGCCGGCCAUUCGUCAUCCCGGACUACUAUAGCAAAUCUGCGGCAUUCUUCGGCGGUCAAUCAGCCGGCCAGGCAAUCUCAGAUACAAUCUUUGGGGUCGUGAAUCCCGGCGGUCGAGUGCCGUUGAGUGUGCCGUACGAUGCUGGCACAAUUCCUGUUUAUUACAAUUAUAAGCCGUCGUUUCCUCGAAACUAUACCGACAUUCAGUCAACAGCAAUUUACCCAUUCGGCUACGGCCUCUCAUACACCACUUUCCAGGUGUCUAAUUUCAACGCUCGUGUCAGCGACAACAACACCACCAGCAGCAGCAGCGCAAGCAAAACCUUCUCAGCAACAUCGACGAUCCAAUUCACCUGCCAAAUCAAAAACAACGGAACCCUACCAGGCAGCUACGUCGCACAGGUCUAUCUGCUCGGCCGCGUUUCAUCCAUCACGCGUCCCGUCCGACAACUCGUAGGCUUUUCGCGCGUAUAUCUGGAUCCGGAUGAGGCGGUGCGGGUUGAAAUAGAUGUUGAUGUUGCUCGGUAUCUGACUGUGUUGGAUAGAAGCUACGAGUGGACGGUGGAGGAUGGGGAGUAUGUGUUUGCGUUGAUGGAGAAUGGAGGGGAGAUGGCGUCGGCGGGGGUGAAUGUAACUUUGACGAUGGGAUAG